UGUGUAAGAUGAUUGUGAGUGAGUGUGUAAUUAAAAAGCAUAUUAAAAAUAUUUUACUAUAUGUUUUCAGCGCUUCCGGGAGCUUUAAAUAAAAAUGAAGUGGAAACUAGAAAACUGGCACAGCUGCUUCAGUAUAUCACAUGGCCAAAUCCAGAAAACAUUGUCUGGCCACCGACACUACCAGAAGAAGCCCCAUGGUGGUGGCCUAAUGCAUUCGAAUGGCCCCCAAGGUUGCCUGACGAUUUAGUUUGGCCCCCAAGUUUGCCUGAUGAUUUAGUUUGGCCCCCAACAUUACCCGAGGAAGCUCCAGCUUGGUGGCCCAAAAAUUGUGCCUGGCCCCCACAAAUACCGGAGUCUAUCCUAGAGAAUGGGCCUUGCUGGUGGCCCGAGGGAUUGACCUGGCCUCCACCGAUUCCAGACAUUUCAUGGCCCCAACUUCCAGAUAUUCCUUGGCCACCACAAUUGCCGGGGAUUAUUGUUGAUCAGAUUCCAUACAUCCCCAAUCGAGAUAACCAACUUCAUUUAUUCACCAGAGCAAAUCCCGGAUUAAGUCAACCAAUCCUUAAUGGUAACCUGCAGAUUCUUCAGAAUAGCAAUUUUGAUUCAUCUCGAAGGACAAUCAUAUUGGUGCAUGAUCUGGGUGAAUCAGCUCUUGCGGACUCAAAUCUCGUCCUUAUUCCAAGUUUGUUGCAAGCUGCAGACGUGAACGUGAUCCUAGUUGACUGGUCUGCCGGCGCCAAAGCUUCACCGCUUCUUUCUACCUUCUACUCCUGGUUAUCAGGUAAUUUCGUGGCUAGAUUCAUCAGAUGGCUGUCCACUUCUACGAACUCUGACUUGGAGAACUUCCAUUUGAUCGGUAUGGGUAUCGGUGCCUUAAACGUUGGCUACAUUGGGCGUGUAUUAAACAAAGAAAUUGGUUAUAUUACAGGUGAGACGAAUCUUGCACUUAAACGCUGGUUAAAGUACGUGGGCGGGAUGAUAAAUAGCUAGCCUAGCAUAGAAAAACUUGAAUAUGUGUGUUAAAAGUAUAUUUAUUU